UUCAUCAUUGUUGACAUUUUUUCCCCCAUCAGCUGACAGCUCACUCGUUAGCUUUAGCUUUAGCUUCAGUCGGAUUAUUAUCAACACUUUUAGCACAACAACAACACCUCAGAAUGACGUCAUCCUCCCGACAGUCAGCUGUCAGGAAACACAGAGUGUUCAUUAUUCUGUAAAGAGAGAAGCUAACAGGCUAACAGGCUAACAUGGAGGGGGUGCUCUACAAAUGGACCAACUACAUGACAGGAUGGCAGCCGCGUUGGUUCGUGCUUCAGAAUGGAUUCAUCUCGUACUACGACAGCGAGGACGACGUUGGAAAAGGAAGCAAAGGAUCCAUCAAGAUGUCCGUGUGUGAGAUUAAAG